ACGGAACUUCGCAAUAAAUUAACCGAGAUGGUUACGAAUCUACGCUUUGCAAAAAAAUACUAUUUAAAAAAAAUAACUAAAGAACACUAUGAGCAAAGAUUCUGACAAUGGUAAUUUUAUGCUAAAUGGACAUAAAUCUGAAGAUGCUUCCGAUGAAAAACCGCCUUCACAAACGUAUUGGACUGAAAUAGAAAUUGUAGGUAACACUAGAAAUUUAAGUCCUAUGCUUUGGACUCUUUCUCAUCUUACUGGACUUUAUUUAAGAGAUAAUGGUAUUACUCGUAUACCUGGUGAAAUAUCAAAGCUUAAAAACUUGACGAAAUUAGAUCUUUCGAAAAACAAGUUAAGAAGUCUGCCAAAUGAAAUAGGAGACAUGAUUGAGCUUACAGAUUUAAAUUUAUCCUACAACGGUCUUCGUGUUUUGCCUAAUGAAAUUGGUCGUUUAUAUAGACUGAAAGCUCUUGCACUGCAGGGAAAUCCUUUGCCAGCUGAAAUAAUGAGUUUACCUCUUGAUAAGCUAUUGACUUUGAUGCUGGAUAAUCUUACAGUUUGUCCAAGACCACCAGCAAGACAAUGGAUUUCUAUUGAACCAGCUUCUACUGAGAAUGGUAGUUUUAUAGUAAUGUCAUAUAAUGUCCUGAGUGAUAAACACACCAACCGACAACUCUAUGGAUAUUGUCCACAGUGGGCUUUGAACUGGGAUUACAGAAAGAGUGCCAUCUUAAAAGAAAUUUUACAGUUUAAUGCUGAUAUUCUGAGCUUGCAAGAAGUUGAGACCGAGCAGUAUUGGAAUUUUUUCUUACCAGAACUAAAAAAGAAUGGCUAUGAUGGAAUAUUCAACCCCAAAUCUAGAGCAAAAACAAUGCCAGAAGAAGAAAGAAGAUUUGUUGAUGGUUGUGCUGUCUUUUGGCAGAAUACCAAGUUUACUUUAAUUAAAGAACACUUAGUCGAAUUUAACCAGUUAGCUGCAGCUCACGCUGAAGGAGCUGAUGAUAUGGUAAACAGAGUCAUGCAGAGAGAUAAUAUUUGUGUUAUGGCUUUGCUAGAGAUGAUAAAACCAGUGCCUGAGCUUGAUAAUAUCAAACCAAAAAUAAUUGUUACUAAUGCUCAUAUCCACUGGGAUCCCGAGUAUCGCGAUGUGAAAGUGAUUCAGACAUUGAUGUUGAUGAGAGAGCUAAAGAAAUUUAUGGACGAAAUAACAGCUGAAUAUAAAAUUGAAAAGGUGCCAAAUAUUAUUUGUGCUGAUAUGAACUCGAUGAUAGAUUCUGGAGCAAUAGAAUUUCUCGAGCACGGUCGCAUACCUGUGAGUCAUCCUGAUUUUCAGAAACUAAAAUACGGGGGUUAUCUUUCAAGAUAUGCAGAUAAGGAUAAAAAAGGAUUAGAAAUAAUAACUCAUCCUUUUAACUUAAGUCGUGCUGGUAAAAAAAAUCCUUUGCCAUUUACUAACUUUACAUAUGACUUUACAGGAGUUUUAGAUUAUAUUUUUUAUACCAGUGAUAUUAAUCUUCUCGGUGAACUCGGUCAAAUUGACAGUGAAUAUUUAAAGAAAAAUAAAAUUAUCGGAUUUCCUCAUCCACAUUUUCCGUCUGAUCAUAUAUAUUUAGUGGUAGAGUUUGAUUUUAAUUUAGAGUCAACGUAGCCUUUUAUUAUACCUUUAUAGAUUUAUAGCUGAGAAAAUAUUUUAGAAUCAUUUAUAAUGUAUCCUAUUUUAAUUUUUUUUUUUUUUUUUUGCUUUGAUUAAAAAUGCUGGGUCGUAUUUUUUAUUUUAUUUUUUAUUUUUACGUAUUUAAUCUGUUAUAACUAAAUCGUUUUCUUUUUUGUUGAUGCUAAAAUGCAGUUAUCAAUCUAAUUAAAAACUAUUUAUUGGUUUAUAUACACGUAUACGUUCAUUUUUUGUCUAUCCUCUAUUUAUAAAACGUUUUCUUCAUCUGGAAUGGUGUAUCUUUUUGUUUUACUUAUUUUUAUGUUAAUGAAGUUUUUAAAGAAAAUUAGGAUUUGAUAUA